AUGAAACUGUCCAUUCUGCCUUUGAUCGCCCUCGCCACGGCCGUGGUCGCCUCGCCCGCGCCCGAUGCAAACUCCAUGAAGCUCAUGAACCAGGCCAAGGACUUCGGCAUGUCGGUUGCCCAGGGAGGACUCAAGGACAUUGCAAAGACCCUGGACGACGAAGACAUCCCCGGAGACUCGCCCAUCUCGCUGUGCGACGCCGAAUACGAGCAGCUGCUGGAAAUCAAACACCUGUCCAUCGACCCCAACCCCCCGGCCAAGGGCCAGAACCUCACCAUCGAGGCGUCCGGAUACCUCUACGAGGACGUUGAGGAGGGCGCCUACAUCGAGGUCGAGGUGCGAUACGGCUACAUCCGGCUCAUCAGCCAGACUCUGGACCUGUGCGAGCAGUCCGAACAGGUCGACUGGUCCUGCCCCAUUAAGGCCGGCGACCUCAAGCUCAACAAGCAAAUUGAGCUGCCCAACGAGAUUCCUCCCGGAAAGUACGUUGCCGUCGCCCGAGCCUACACCGUUGAUGACGAUCUCAUCACCUGUCUUCUUACCACUGUUACCUUCCCUGCUUCUUUGUAG